GAUAUAGUGCGGCACGGGGAGGAGGUGACCGGCUGUUGGUGAGGUCCGCUUAGCGGGUGCGGAGUGGCUGCGUGGACGGCAGCGGGGGUUUGCCUGGUCUGGUUGAGCACCUCUAACUUGGAACUGUCCACCGGUGCGAGCUGCUGAACAUGAGUCUUCUGCCUCUCUACCUGCUCGGAUUGCUCCUCAGUAGCGGGCAAGCUCUACUUCAAGUUACAAUUUCACUUAGCAAAGUUGAGCUGAGUGUGGGUGAAUCCAAGUUCUUCACAUGCACGGCCAUUGGUGAGCCUGACAACAUAGAUUGGUACAGUCCACAAGGAGAGAAGAUUGUUUCUAGUCAAAGAGUGGUUGUUCAGAAAGAAGGUGUUCGAUCACGUCUAACCAUUUACAAUGCAGAUAUAGAAGAUGCUGGUAUAUAUCGAUGUCAAGCAUCAGAUGCUGAAGGACAAACUCAAGAAGCUACUGUUGUUUUGGAAAUUUAUCAAAAACUCACUUUCCAAGACAUAGUAUCUCCACAAGAGUUCAGGCAGGGAGAAGAUGCAGAAGUUGUUUGCCAUGUUACUAGUUCACCUGCUCCUGUUGUCAGCUGGUUAUAUCAGAAUGAGGAAGUCACAACUAUUGCUGACAAUCGAUUUGCUGUAUUAGCAAACAAUAAUCUCCAAAUUCUUAACAUCAAUAAAAGUGAUGAAGGAGUAUACAGAUGUGAAGGAAGAGUGGAAGCAAGAGGAGAAAUUGACUUUCGGGACAUAAUUGUUAUUGUGAAUGUUCCCCCAGCAAUUACUCUGCUACAGAAAUCUUUUAAUGCCACUGCAGAUCGAGGAGAGGCAAUAACUUUAUUCUGCAGAGCCACUGGAUCACCUCCACCUGAAAUCAGUUGGUACAGGAAUGGUAAACUUAUUGAAGAAAAUGAAAAAUACAUGCUAAGAGGAAGCAAUACAGAACUAACAAUAAGAGAUAUAAAGAACACUGAUGCGGGUCCUUAUGUCUGUAAUUCUAAAAACAAAGCAGGAAAUGAUAAAAAACAGACAAUCCUUCAAGUUUUUGUACAGCCUCAAAUAAUACAACUUAAAAAUGAAACCACGUUUGAGAAUGGGAAAGCCACCCUUAUCUGUGAAGCAGAAGGAGAACCCAUCCCAGAGAUUACUUGGAAAAGGGCCAUUGAUGGAGUAACUUUCUCUGAAGGUGACAAGAGCCCAGAUGGCCGUAUAGAAGUCAAAGGGCAGCGUGGAAAAUCGUCACUGCAUAUUAAAGAUGUGAAGUUGUCAGAUUCCGGGAGAUAUGACUGUGAAGCUGCAAGUAGAAUUGGUGGGCACCAGAAGAGCAUGUACCUUGAUAUUGAAUAUGCUCCAACAUUUGUGUCAAAUCAAACUAUGUAUUACUCUUGGGAAGGCAAUCCCAUCAAUAUAAGCUGUGAGGUGCUAGCAAAUCCGUCUGCCUCAGUUCAGUGGAGAAGAGGAAAAUCAGUUUUACCGGUAAAAAAUACAACACAUCUGAAGACCUACAGUACAGGAAGAAAGCUGAUUCUAGAGAUUGCUCCCACAUCUGACAGUGAUUUUGGACGGUAUAAUUGUACAGCCACAAACAGAAUAGGAACAAGAUAUCAAGAGUAUACACUUGGUCAAGCUGAUGUGCCAUCAAAUCCUUAUGGAGUACGAGUUUUAGAGUUGUCACAAACUACUGCCAAAGUUUUGUUCAAUAAGCCAGAUUCACAUGGAGGUGUGCCCAUUCAUCAUUACCAAGUGGAUGUAAAAGAGGUAGCCUCAGAUACCUGGAAAAUAGUUCGCUCCCAUGGAGUUCAAACAAUGGUUGUUCUCAGCAAUUUGGAACCAAAUACGACAUACGAAAUCAAAGUAGCCGCUGUAAAUGGAAAAGGGCAAGGAGAGUAUAGUAAAAUCGAGAUCUUUCAGACCUUACCUGUCCGGGAGCCAAGUCCCCCUUCAAUUCAUGGGCAACCAGAAAGUGGCAAGAGUUUUAAACUUAGCAUAACUAAACAAGAUGAUGGAGGUGCCCCCAUUUUGGAAUAUAUUGUCAAAUACAGAAGUAAAGAUAAGGAAGACCAGUGGCUAGAGAAAAAAGUGCAGGGUAGUAGAGACCACAUCAUCUUAGAGCAUCUUCAGUGGACCAUGGGUUACGAAGUACAAAUUACAGCUGCCAACAGACUGGGUUAUUCUGAGCCAACAUUGUAUGAAUUCAGUAUGCCACCAAAGCCCAACAUUAUUACAGACACUCUUUUUAAUGGUCUUGGACUUGGUGCUGUCAUUGGCCUGGGAGUGGCAGCCCUUUUGUUAAUCCUGGUUGUGACUGAUGUUACCUGCUUCUUUGUACGACAAUGUGGAUUGCUAAUGUGCAUCACCAGGAGGAUCUGUGGGAAAAAAAGUGGUUCAAAUGGAAAAAGCAAAGAACUGGAAGAAGGAAAGGCCGCUUACUUGAAGGAUGGAUCAAAAGAGCCAAUAGUGGAAAUGAGAACAGAGGAUGAAAGAAUUACCAACCAUGAAGAUGGGAGUCCUGUAAAUGAGCCAAAUGAGACAACUCCCCUCACAGAACCAGAGAAGCUGCCCCUAAAGGAGGAGAAUGGGAAAGAAGCUUUAAAUGCAGAAAACAUAGAAAUCAAAGUUGCUAAUGACAUCAUCCAGUCAAAAGAAGAUGAUAGCAAAGCAUAAUAAGAUAAACGACAGCUGUCUGGAUAAUGCAUUUGGAUUGAAGUAACCCCGUGACCAAAAUUUUACAGCUGACCUUAAUUUCUUGGGAAACUUAAGCUUGGAAUAGUUAGUACAUGUGUACAUAUGAUGAAACA